AUGCAAAGUGACUCUCUUCAUGGGGGAGUCUCGGAAGAACUCUCCUCGCGGUCGAGAUCUGAUUUCCCAGGCAAUCGGUUCUUGGAGUUGAAACCGCACCGCGAGGCCGAAAGACAGAGUGCGGUCCGUGAGGGGCUGAUACCUGAUCCGCUCAAGCCACGCCGACUGGAUGAGGCGUUGCCUUUCUUGGGCACUUGUCUUGACAUGUGCCCCGAGUUCGAACGACACGAGAGGGAAUAUCAGAACAACUCGGACAGAUGGGAACGAUAUCCCGGCACAUAUCGCAUCGACCCAAAAAAAGCUGUCAAAGCGUUCCAUCGGCCAGCUGCAGGAAACGAUCAACCCUUACCAUCAGAUGUCCGGCCUCCUGGUAUCCUUAAGAGCACGUUGGACUACCUGUUCAAGAUCUUACUCGCGAAAGAGUCUCUGUUUGAUACUCACGGCUUCAUUCGUGAUCGAACACGUUCAAUCCGCCAAGACUUUACGCUUCAAAACGAUCGGGGCCCGAUAGCAAUCGAAUGUCACGAACGGAUCGCGCGUUACCACAUCCUUUGUCUACAUUUCUUGCGCGACAAGGAGGGCGUUGGGAGCUAUCAGGAACAGCAAGAGCUCGAGCAGGUCCGCAAAGUUUUGCAGUCACUCAACGAAUUUUAUGACGACUAUCGGGGAUCGGAUUGCUUUUGUCCCAACGAAGCCGAGUUUCGUGCCUAUUAUCUCUUAACUCAUCUGAGAGAUUCGGAUGCUGCACGUGCCACCGAGCGCCUACCGGAAAAGGUGUUCAGCGAUCAAAGGCUACAAUCGGCUCUACAGUUACAAAUCUUGGCGCAAUGCGGAAAUAUGAGUCGAGCUGCCGGUCGGAGACCUGCCAAUUCACCAGCAACCUUGAAUGCGUUCACCCGUCUGUUCAAGAAAGUCAGCUCCACACAAACCUCCUUUCUCAAUGCAUGUCUCCUCGAAACUCAUUUCAGCGAGAUCCGUGUCUCUGCCCUCAAAGCCCUACGCUCGGCCCAAUCCCGCAAGUACGGCGCUCAUGUGCCGCUGGUUGAAAUCGCGAAGUUGUGUUACAUGUCACUCGAAGAAUCAUACGGGUUUUGCACCGCGUGUGGCCUGACCAUGUCAUCAGAAGAGUUGGAAAGAUGUACGGUGGCGCUACAUAGACAUGCCCCUUUUGAUGAUAAGCCUGUCACCUUUCGGACCGGCCAGUCGGUUUUCGUCACCGCAAAGGGAGCCCAUCUAGCAAUCAUAGACCUGAUAGAUGGAGCCCAACCUGCUGCGUCUCCUCUCCCGCCGACUAUUGCAAUCUUGAAAGCUCCAAAAUCCGUUCAACGCCCACCUACGCUAUCAGUUGCCUCGCCUCUUUUUUCUCCCACAUUCUCUGUUGCCCCUUCGGCACAAAAGUCAGUAACGGUCGACCGAUCAGUAUUUUCGCCGAUCAAAAGCAAUCCUUCGAUGACUCUCUCAUCUACGGUCCACGCAACCCCAUCACGCGCUCUCCAGUUGUCGCCUGUAAACCUUAGAUCUGCUGAGCUGGGCCUGACCCGAGAAAGAACUAAGCGAUCUGCGUCUUUGAAAUCAAUACAGGCUUCUCCCGCCAUUCCCAGUCCAACUGGCUCAACAUCCGCCUUGAAAAAACUCCCGCCUGGUUCACUUCCUGCUUCAUCUCUUGUGCCCCCAUCACCCUUUGCAACUCAACCGGCACGCCCACCAGUGGUCAAUCACGAUAAGGCUAUCGCCACGCUUAGCGCGGAACUGCUAUCAAAUAUCCUGGAAUCAUCGAUUUCACAAGUGGCACAGAAUACCCUCCUGAAAAGGUCCAUAAAAGCAUCCGCUGAGCAAAAAAUGAUGACUGAAAAAGUCAUCUCUCAUUUCUCCCGCAGCCUAGAAGAGCGGGUUCUAUCAGAGGUGGUGGAGGACAUCAUUUUCGACCUCGCAUCUUCAUCUCUUUUGGCUAUUCACCACACCAAACAACAGCGCGCUUUACUUAAAUCUACCUUUCAAAAGUGGAAGACCAUCUCUCGUUCGUGCAAGUCAAAACUCACCUGGAAAGUGAUCAGUUCAGCGAGGGUUCAAAGCCUGGCGGUGGGUGAUUUAUCUUCGAUUUGGAAUCCGGGAAAGAUGAAAAAAGUUGUGAGCCAGUACUUGUACCGAAAGGUGCUCUCGACCCAUCAGCUCUCGAUCCGAGAGAUCCGGGUCUUGGUUAUCACUCCGAUCAAAGCCCCUGUUGUUCAAGCUUGGCUCCGCUGUAAAUUCGACAUCGCCGCCGGUCAGAGUCGCACUCAAUCGAGCAUCAAUGAGGUUUCCUUCUCCAUGGAACUUGUCGACCAACAUGUUGAUCUACAGGAAUUAUCUCGUUAUGAUUUAAUUUUAGUCUGGCAAGAGCCUACCGAUCAAACAAAUUUAUUUUCCACUCAGAUAAUGGAGACUCUCCAGGCCCGAUCCCUUCACCAUAUCUGUUGUCUUGGUAUAUCAUGGCAAACUCAGCAGCCCAACAUGUUUCCGUACCCCGACGGGCGGGAUGGGCUCGAUCAAGUCUAUCUGUCCCUAGAAACACCCGAAGUUCAGCUCGAGCAAGCUCUUCAAGAUCGCUGGCCAGUCCCACUAGUCAACACAGCGCUGUCGAUGAACAAUGCAGAUCGGCUGCUGCCUCUGACGCAUAGUUGGAGAGGCGUGCACCGGAAAGCCGUCAGCCUCCUGCACGCAUAUGUCCCCGUCAACGACUUUGGUGUGACAAUUGAGACCAAGUCACAACUCAAGACUUGGCUCCUGAAAUUUAGUGUAGACGUUCUCAAGGGAAUAACUGAGCACGUUAGCAGGAUGCUACAUCCGCCCGACGACGCCCUGCUUUCAUCCGUCGUCCAAGCACUACGUAUAGCCCAUCUGUCGGAUAUACGACCGGAUAACGUCGAUCGCCUUUUAUCCGAAUACCAAUCUUCUUUGCCCCUUGGCACGUUCUCAUUCAACCUUUUGCAUCUAUUCGAGUCACAAACACAAUUGUCUCUAGUGGAGUUUUUUCAGCUGUUUGGGCAACACCUACUAGCGGCUUGGCUAGAUUCCGUCACCGCCUAUCUGCAGACUUCGUCCUCCACCGACAGCGAUCUGGAUAGCCCAAGAACUCCGACUCGGGUGCUCGUGUCCCCACGGAAAACGGAUUCCGGGCUCCAUGAGCAAGCUCAACUUCGUCCAAAACUCGAUUCAUUGUUCCAGCUCCUCCAACGCCAGGUCAUUGCCAUCUUCCCCAGACCGCUCACUCUUGAUCAUGCAAUGAUAUCGGAUACCUUAUCCGUCAGAGAUACCGACAAUCAUCAAAUAGUCGAGGAAGUUAGUCCACGCAACAAGAAGAAACGGAAGGCUGAUCGGCUGGCCGAGCUGCGUCUUUUGGUCACUCAAACUCGUGAAGGCUUGAGAACAAAUUGA